AGCACGGAGGUAGUUCCGUGAAUGCAGCACCUGAGCUGUGGUCAGUUUGUGCAAGAGCUGCUUCAUGUUGCCAUGUCCGCGGCGUUAAUGUGUUAUUUCCCUGCAGAGAGACAGAAGCUGCGAUGAAGGCAGGGGCCUCGUCCAUGUGGGCUUCAUGCUGUGGUCUGCUGAAUGAAGUCAUGGGUACUGGGGCCAUCAGAGGCCACCCAGGGUUUGGGGCUGGUGCUGGGCCCUUUCGGUUUGCCCCCAGUGCAGGAUACUCCACCUACCCGCCCACCAGCUCAGGGAGUCCUUGUCUUGUGUGCAAGUCCUGUGGACAGGCCUUCUCUGUCUUCAGGAGGAAGUACAUUUGCUGUGACUGUGAGAAGAGCUUCUGCUCGCUGUGUUCUGUGCUUCAAGAGAAUCUACAUAUCUGUGCCACAUGCCACUUGCUGAAAGCCACAGCCUUCCAGCGGCCCCGGCUCAUGCGCCUGCGGGUCAGGGACCUGCGUCAGUACCUGCUUCUCCGCAACAUCCCCACCAAUACCUGCAGGGAGAAGGAGGAUCUGGUGGAGCUGGUGCUCUGUCACCAUGGCAUCGAGGAAGAGGAGGACACCAAAACGGGCAGCGUCAACUCAGGUUCACUGUAUGUGCCGACGCCUUCCACCACACAGUCGGCCUCGGAGCUCUCUGCUUUUGUCACCUCUCAAGAAGAGCAGCUCAGUACAAGCAACAGCUCCGACACCAUCCAGGAUAUCGGUGAUGUCACAUCUGUGUCUCUCCUCAACCUGGACCCCAGUGACAACACUCCUGAGGUGAGUCCUCAGACGCGCUGUGGGUCCAGAGCCUCGCUGUCAGACUUGUCCAGCCUGAUGGACGUCGAGGGUCUGUCGGUCAGGCAGCUGAAGGAGAUCCUCGCUAGAAACUUUGUCAACUAUUCGGGGUGCUGUGAGAAGUGGGAGCUGGUGGAGCGCGUCGGCAGACUGUACAGAGAGACGGAGGAGAACAGGAAAUUACUGGAAGAUGUGAGCAGCGCUGGAACCACAGUGAUGCCCCUCCCCCCUUCUCUCUGCAACGGCGCUGUUGGAGAUGGUGAGAAGGUUCCUCUGACCGUCCGAGAUGACAACCUGUGCAGGAUCUGCAUGGACGCCACCAUCGACUGUGUCCUGUUGGAGUGCGGUCACAUGGUCACAUGCACAAAGUGCGGCAAGAGAAUGAGCGAGUGCCCCAUCUGCAGGCAGUACGUGGUCAGGGCCGUGCACGUCUUCAAGUCCUAACAGCUUCAGCAGCAGAUCUGCCUGGAUGGAAUCAGAAAUCCUCAGGUGUCACAUAAAACAGCUUCAGACCGAAAUAAACACAACAUUCAAAUUCAUUGAUCAGACUUUUUUCUUUAUCCAGUUUCAUCCCAGACCAACCAGAAAUAAACAGGAACUAGCGCACGUCACUCUGCUGCACGCUGGAACUCUUUUUUUUUUUUUUUCUUUUUUUCUUUUUUUUUAUACUUCCACUGAGGAUUAUCCGUCCGUGUGACUGUGAUUAUUACUCUAACUGUGGAAACAUUCCCACUGCACCUGUGAGUGAAGGUCCAGCCUGUCUUUGGGAACCUUAUGUAGUUUCUGCACCACUGGAAAUGACUGAUCCUGGAGGUGGAAAGAAUCAUUCUAGUCUAUCUAGUCCCAGCGCCAAAGUGGACCAGAGUCCUUCAGAAGCAUCCUGAGCGGCUUUGAGUCAUUUUGUUUAAAAUAACUUCCAGAAAAGAAACGAUGGCGACUUUGUCACAUAAUUCCAUCAACAUUUUCCUCAGAAGGGAAAAAACAAAUGCAGCAUCAUAAUCAAAAGAUCUGGCAACAUAAAUGGAACCACUGACUUUUAAUUGACACUGAAGAGGUUUUUUUUACAUUUCUGGCAGAAUCCAAUCCCAUGAAACUGACACGGUGUCUGAAAUCAAACUUCGAGUCCCUGAAAGACUCUUGUGGAUGCUGCAUGUUUGAAGAUCAGAAAGUACCGUUUGUUUUCCCAUGAAAGAAGAGACUUUUUUUCUUAACCAUUCAUUUUCAACUGUUGCCCUCCUUUGAGGCACAUCAUGGAGUUAUUUCUGUUUUUUUAAUAUUUUAAAGUGUCCUCUUUGAGAGCGUGCAGCGCUGCAACAGAUGCACUCUGCUCCACCAAUAAACUUCAGCCAUUGGUACUUUUCAUAGCGCGGCUCUUUGCAGUCACUGCAACUGGCCAUGGGUCAGUUUCAGCCCAGAUACCCGAUGGAGGAACCUCAAUUGGACAGAGAUGGACAGACUGAUUGAGGCUGUAUUUGAGGUCAUACAGAUGGUGUACCGGACCGCUGUCAUAAAGGACCGAGCCAGAAGGCGAGGCUGUCAUCGCCUACGGUCAUGAACUUUGGCUUAUUUUACAGAUUGAUCAGUUCGUCUUUGGCGCUAUAAAAUGUCGCAGAGUUUAGAGGUGGCCUUUUGCAGUUACACAGAGAUGUUUUUCACCAUUCCAAAACCAAAGAAAAACAGGGACAUCUUGGUUUGGACACAGUCAAGCAGAUCUACAUGGAAAAUCCAUCCACCCAACCUGAAAAUCAUCCGUGACAGAAGCAGGAUUUCACCAUAAAAUCCACCAAACUGACUGAGGGGUGAAAUAUUCCAAACGUGCAUGAAAAAAAUGGAAGCUAACUGUAUUAUGUGUAUAAAUUAAAGUACUGUUCAUUAUAGAAAUGUUACUUUGUUGGAAAUAAAAGUAAAAAUUAAUUUUAAUAACUUCUCACUGCCUUCAGUGGCCUGAGGGGGGCGCACCACAAAGUGAGAU